AUGGAUAGCCCCUGGUCUUGGUUUAUUUGUUUCGCCGCUUUUAUAACUCUGACGUUCCAUAAUGGCAGCUACUAUAGCUUUGGACUGUUUUUGCCAUCUCUGCUGAAACAUUUCAGGCAGCCCAUUGCGAUAACUGGUAAGCGUUUGUUACAACCGGCUACGGGUUCUGAGCAGUAAACGCAGUAAAUUUUUAAGGAGCGAACUGAAACACUGAUUUAUUUGAUUACUCCGGCUCACUAUAAUGUAGUUAAAAGCCACCCACUAGAAACAAUUUCUAUUCCACAAAUAAUACAUGUAACGCGAGCGAAGCUUAAACCAGUAAGCGGUUCAUGAAUAUUCCUCGCUUCAAGGAAACCAAGCAAAAGAAUUUCCAUUCUGACCCCGGGGGGGUACUCGAUAUAUCCCUAGGUGGGGAGGUGCAGCGGGGUCCCUCAUACCUUGACCCUGUUUAAGACAAAUAUCGCUGAUGUUCCUACCCUGUUUAAGACAGAACUCCGAUUUUUGAUACCCUGUUUAAGACAUUUAUCCUGUUUAAGACAAAAAUUGAUAAAUCGAUACCCUAAUUAAGACAAAAAAUGAUAAAUUCGGUACCCUGUUUAGGGCAAAAAUCCCGAAAAACAUACCCUGGCUGGCCGCACGUCCCCAUUAAGCCCUUAUAAGGGAGUACCUCCCCCCGGGAUUCUGCCCUACAUGUGCAAGCACUAAAAACGCGCUAAUUGUUAUAAUUGUAAAGAAGAAAAGGAAGCCGAUGACGAAUGUGUUUAACCAGUGUGUGCAAUAAACAUUGCCUUGUUCUGUAAGCCAACUACGCAACUAUUACACACCGUUCGUUCUAAGUCAAAUAAUUUAGCCUAAUAAUUCAAGAAGUUCAAUUUCAAUAUUAUUCAUAAAUAUAUUCGCUCUGGCUUCAAAAUGUAAUAAAUUAUGCCUGACAUUUCUUCGCCUCUUUCUACAAUAUUCCCUCUCUUUUUUUUGCUCGCUCUAUUUUUCACUCUCUGUCCUCUAUCUAAACGCCUGGAAAAGUCUAGAGUUAAACAGAUUAAAAAAUAUUGGAGGGAUCAAUGGUUUGAAAUCAUGCUGGCGACUAAGGCCUAAUACAUUUAUGAUUCGUACUUGUUGAAAUACUUUUUUAUGACGGGGACUAGCUGAAGCCUUUCAACAAAACCAAUACAACUUCUUUGACUCAGAACUUUUAUUCACUUGCUGCUUGUGAGUUACAAUUCUCUGCUAAAUCAGUGUUACACACACCCAUGUUUAUAUCAGCCAGGAAACCAGCCGUGUUUAGUGCAAACCGAAUGUUGACGUAAGUCUAAUCCGAAACAGUCUCAUUAGCAUCUGAUGAAACCCUCGAGAUAAUUGCUUUGUCGAAAUGGCUCUUCAACCGAAGUUUAGACUUCGAGUAGUCCCCAUUUUUCCUCAGGGAUAGUAGAGCGAGCGAAACGCGAGCGCGCGUGAAAAUCACCCCACGCGAGAAAAGGCGACACGCGGCGGGGAGUGUGGGGUGAUUUUCACGCGCGCUUGCGUUUCGCUCGCUCUACUAUCCCUGAGGAAAAAUGGGGACUACUCGUAGUCUAAGCUUAAGUCAUCUGGCCAAUAUAAAACAAGGAGAACAAUAUAUAAACUACAAGGUAGCUUCCUGUAAACAAACUUUUCAUGUCAACAGAUUAGAAAUUACUAAAAUUACAGCUUGAAAAUCCUGGCUUGUUCUCGAUUUACAGGAGGUGUGAUGCUUCUUGCCGGAAAAUGAUUGGUUAAACGUUUCCAAUUAACUGAUGAUGUGUUCGCAAAAUCGAGCAUCCUAAUUAGAAAUACAGUUUGUGGUCAAAAGUAGAAAUUAUAACAAUGGAUAUUUACUCAGUAAACACCUACAAAAAUAGGAGAUAUCUCGCUCUUUUUAAUUUGAAUAUAUUAUAUAUUUUACUUAGAAACUAUCGACUGACAUGAACUCGGUUGAGAGUGCGAGAAAAUAACUCUAAAAAUGGUUAAAAAAUAAAGACGCUAGUCUUUUCCUGGAAAAGACUGAUAAAAGGUGAAGUUGAGGACAAAAAUGUCAAAUUGUGUAAUUCUUAGUGUAAAUAAGGCUUUGUUCCUUUUUGGGAACUUAAUUGAACAUUCUUUUACGAUAAAAGGGUUGUCGUGGAAGUCGCGAAAGUGUACCAAAAUAGAACAUAUUUGUUUAAGAACGAAUUCAUGAUAGGAAAAGGUUUAUGUUGAUGAAUAUUUUUAUACAUCGAACUUGUAAAGGUAUUCUAAACAACUAGUAAUAGGUGAAUAUUCGUGAUAUAUACCUGACAUUACAUCCCAAUAAAAUAUCCCUUAGUUAACUAAUCAUACUGUAACCACUUAAGAAAUCCUCUUAAUUUUAAGCAUAAACCAAAGUGGGUGAGAGUAAACUAGAUCAAGGCAGAAAAUUUACAUUGCCUGCAUUUUUAUUGUUUAAUAUACUUCUGCCUUGCUGUUCUUAUUGUAAUUGGGUUCAACAGAAGGGGGACUUAAAUUCAGACGUUUGGAUCAUAUUUAUAAAUUUUCGAAAAUAGCUUGAGUCUCAAAAUUUACUGGAAAUUAGGUCGUCACAACAUAAGCCCAACGUUUGAAUCAGUCAUGUGUCAGAAUCGUGUAGCGCGGCAGACGUUGUCGAACUUGAUUGCUCUGCCGAACCAAACUGUUCAAAACUUUGAUUCAGACGUCGUGCUUCUGCCGUGUUUUUGUCGAACAGAAUAAACCCUAUAUCCUCGGUUUUUUCAAAUUUUGACUGGGACCAGAAAAAAAAUCCGUAUUUGAUAUUAGUGCGCUCCUUAGCAGUUAACAUUUCGUUAUUGGUCACCUAGCCUUCCCGCAGAUGUCCUUUGGGGUUCGUUCGUCACGCAUUCAUUUGGGGGAGAAAUGAAUGCGUGACGAACGAACCCCAAAGGACGUCUGCGGGGAGGCUAUUGGUCACCUUGAGAAAUUAAAGUUUCCCGGAGAGCAUCAUGUAAAGCUCUGAGAUGGGACAAAGCUAUUCGCAGAGUCUGCAUCGUCCAAUAUCGUAUUGUAUUCUCGUUUCAUUUGGUUAAACCGGCGGAUCAACUACCCUGAUCCGGGCUGAAACAAAAAGAUACGACAUUGUUCGCUUUUCUAAGGUGACGACUAAGUCUUUGGCCUCGGAAACAGGCUCUUGGGGGUCAAAUAAAUAAGGCGAGAGCAACAUUGCAGGUAAAAUUUGACCCAGUGUUUUUUCUGGAGUGAAAACAAGUUAAGGUCUAUGUUAGUCUGCCUACCGUGUGAUUGUACAUCCGGGGACUUGAAUAAGACGAGUGUACGAGAAAGCACUCUGGCUUGCCUGGAAUUUACUCGAUGGGCUUUCCCCUUUUAUACAUCACAAAUACACGGAAAUAACAUAUCUUUCUUUCAAAAAGGCUUACCCACCCUAAUUCCCAGGAGCCAUUUUCAUUUUCUUUACUUUAUUUAUUUUCAAACUGCAUUCUCCGUAUUGUCUUCGAGGGCUGACGCCAGCACUUACUUUCAAAUUGCAACUCUUAGGUACUCGAAAAUUAGUUACCUCUAAAAUGCGCCAAAUCGAAACACAACGUAAAUGUCUGGGACUCCCUUUCCUACCCUUCUGAGUUUUUUUACCCCUACCCCAGGGGAAAUACUGACGUGAUAACAAACUUUCUAGCAUCGAUAGGUUUUCAUUUGCUUUAGCUAUGGGGCUUCGCUGCGAGUGCGCGGACGCUCCGAAAUAAGAAUUAAGGCCGGCAGAGCAGAAGCACGACGUAUGAACUAGGCCUUUAAUUUUCGUGAGGUUAAGGAGCAUUUGAAAUUACUUGACUCACAGGUACGGAUUCCGCUAGGACUUCAUGCUUGACAGCAUUCCUAACUUUUAUCCCCUCUUUUUUAAACAGAAAGACUCAUGUUAAUCCCCUAAAAGUAUUUCAUCUCUUAACGAACUCCCCAGUGAUACUGACAAAGUAGGCCAGUGUGCAGUGGAAAUGAUGCAAAAAUUCUAUAAAAACGGCUGGCCAGAUCGUAGAAAAACGGUGAGUUUUUCCAUAGAAAUUCUCUAGUAACCGUUCGGAAUGUAGAACAUGUAGUCUUAACGAGAUCCGCGGCAGUGAGUCAAACCACAGUGACCAUGUUAGACUCACGAAAGCAGUUAGCUUUAUCGUAAAAUUGGGCGCAACUAACCAGUGAAACAGUUCACUCUACACAGUCGUUAAGGCACUAACGACUCGCCAGGAUUUUUGGACCAUCUGAUAAUUAACCAGCCUGAUACAACGUUUCGGAUUUACUGGGUGACCUAUAACCUGGUGAAAAUUUUGCGCAAGCUCGUUUGCAGCAAGCCUUUACUGUUUAUUUAACAUCGUUGAAGUAAACAGAGCUCUGAUUAUUGACUUUACUUCUGUUUUGAUAUUUUUUUAGCUUGGAUUGGUUCACUCUACAUGUCACUUCCCUGGAUUUUUGGACCAUUGGUAACCCGCCUGAUGAAACGUUUCGGAUUUAGAAUCACAGCCAUAAGUGGUUGUCUCAUAAUCUCGAUCAGCUUUUGUGCAAGCUCGUUUGUGGACAAUUUUUGGUUUUUCCUUGUUUUAUUCUCGGUAACUGGAGGACUGGGCUCAGCAAUGUGCUACCACUGCAGUGUUCUAGUUGUUCUGAGGCACUUUGUGAAGUGGCGUUCUCUUGCUGUUGGAAUAACAGCCUCGUCAUCAAGUGUAGGCAUGUUCGUCGUGACACAACUCACAGAGGUUCUCAUUUCAAAUUAUGGAUUUAAAAAUGCCCUUAGAGGGUGGGCCAUUUUGUUUUUCUUGGCAACCCCACUGGCGUUCUCUUAUGACGCAAAAUCGGAUGUUACCGUAGGUAACGUCAAAAGAAUUGAAGUAGGAUCCGAGAAAAAUGUCAAGGUCAUUCCUGCACCAAGCCUUUUACAAAAUGGACGUUUCAUCAUCUAUCUUGUCUCCGUUACCCCGGUGUUCUUUGUCGUGUAUACGCUGUCAAUUUUCCUAGUAAGUUGUGAUUUAACUUUACUGAAUAUUUUUAUACAAAUAACACGAUCAUUAAUCCCUUCUCUAAAGACACUUUCCUGUAACAAUUACCUAGAAUAUGGUCCUUGGUUCCCACCCCGCAAUAUAAAGGGGACUAUAGGAACUCGAGGAGUAAGAGAUAAUUGCCGGCGUCAUAUCCCUGUAAGCUUUGUAACAAUUGCCCUAAUAUUCUCUAACCCUUUUACCCCGUUACCCUUACAUCACGGCCUGAAAACUUUUUAUAAAACUGCAACGUUAAGGCUACUUAAGUUAGAAAACAUUUAUGUUACCAGAGAAGACUGGCGCUUAGGGUUGGAAGGUGUAGGGUGGGAAUAAGCCAAGCCCUAACGUAUAUUGACUAUAUUGACUGCUAUCGCUGGGUCAAUAUCUGAGAUUUCGGCCUGUAACGACCUCACUCUCUGUUAAUAAGUGGUAUAUAAUCGCCAGUUACUGAAAUAUUUGGUUGUUUUUGCCCUUGUAGGUGAAAUUUUGUGAAAGUGAACUUGGCAUCUCGUCAGAACGAGGCUCCAUGCUAUACACCUACAUGGCCAUCUCUUACUUCUUUAGCAACCACUUGUUCUGCAAGCUAAGUGAAUUCAAAUUCAUCAACAUCUUUGAUCUUUAUCAAUUUUCAACGACAUGUCUCGGCGUCUGCUUGUUUCUGUUACCCGUGGCAACAUCUUACAAAGCUGUGGUGGUGUUAUCUGUUAUGUUUGGUCUCAUGGAUGGUGGACGAUACGGCUUAAUGCCACUGAUAGUGUUAACAUGUGUCGGCCAGAAGAGAAUUGACCAAGCUUGGGGCUAUCUUACACUUUUUAUCGGUCUUUCUAGUGUCAUAGGUCCAGUUUUUAUAGGUAAGUUAUAUUUC